UCAAAAUGGCAUCCAAUUUGGAAAGUGUUCUUGCGAAUCUUUUAGUGCCAGACAACGCUGUUAUUCAGCAAGCCACAUUGACAUUAAAAGAACUUUCAAAGGACCCAUCAAUUGUCCCAGCAUUAUGCAAUGUUCUGCACACGUCUCAGGACCCUCAGGUGCGCCAGUAUGCUGCAGUUCUCCUUCGUAGGCGUAUUCAAAAGUCGAAACAGUGGCAGGGUCUGCCGGCAGUGAUAAGUGAGAGCAUUCGUGCUUCACUGAUUCAAGUUCUCAUAAGUGAGCAAGAAAAAGACGUAAAAAAUGCCAUUGGACAAAUUGUGGGCGUUGUGGCCAAGCACGAGUUGCCUAAGCAAGGAGGAUGGCCGGAACUUUUCUCAUUUCUCGAGGCUUCCACCACGAGUCAGGACUCAAAAGAGAGAGAAAUUGGUAUGUACGUGCUGAGUAUCAUCUCUGGCGUAGCCACAGAUCAGCUGAAGCCACAUAUCCUGUCGUUCUGUCAGCUGUUCAACAAGGGUCUCGUUGAUAUGGAGAACAGGAUGAUCCCAUUCUAUACAAUUGUUUGCAUGACGAAUCUGGUUUGUGAAAUAGGAACUGAUGAAGCGAAUAAGUUCCAGGUGAUGGUACCGAAGGUACUUGAUGUUAUCAGAGCAUUGAUUACGGUGGAUGAGGAACAAGCUCGUGAAGCCCUUGAAAUCUUCGAUGAACUUGUUGAGUGCGAUGUUUCUAUCGUCGUACCGCAUAUAAAGGCCAUCGUUGAGUUCUGUCUCCAGAUUGCAUCGAACAAAGACCUCAGUGAUAGCCUCCGAGUGAAGGCGCUUACGUUCAUUAGUUGGUUGACAAGACUGAAGAAGAAGUCCAUCCUAAAGCAUAAGCUUAUCCAACCCAUCCUGGAUGUCUGUUUCCCGCUCAUGUGCUCGGCAUCUGACGGUGAUGAUGACGAUGAUGAUGAUGAUGACUCUGAACAGGGGGCAGAGUCGAGCCGACCCAACUCAGUCGCUGGCCAAGUCAUUGAUACUAUGGCAUUACAUCUGCCACCGACUCAGCUCAUACCGAAAUUGAUGUUACUGGUUGAACCAUCGCUGAUGAGUGACGAUCCCCUCAAACUGAAGGGAGGAUUCCUGGCCAUAGCUGUGAUUGCGGAAGGAUGCGCCGAUAACCUUAGGAACAAGUAUCUGAAAGCCUUACUGCAAUGUGUAGGAAAAGGUAUCCAGCAUAGCAACCCGAUGGUGAAACACGCCGCUCUCUUUGCACUCGGACAAUUCUCUGAGUACUUACAGCCUGAAAUUAGCAAGUUCGCUGCCGAUAUUCUCCCGUUAUUGUUCACCUAUUUGAAUGAAAUCAUGCAAAAUGCUCACGUGGAUCGGACGGCCGUCUCCAAGACUUACUACGCCCUGGAGAUGUUCUGUGAAAACUUGGGGAAAGACAUUUUGCCGUAUCUUCCGACCUUGAUGGAGCGUCUGUUAACAGCUCUACACACAUCACCAUCAAAUCGAGUCAAGGAGUUAUCGAUAAGUGCAAUAGCAGCAACAGCAAAUGCUGCGAAAGAGGAGAUGGUUCCAUAUUUCCAAUCGAUUAUUGAGCAGUUGAAGGUUUUCCUGAUGGCAGGUAAUACUGAGGAGAACAUGGAGCUGCAGAUACAGGCUAUAGAUACCCUCGGUGUCUUGGCACGAACGAUUGGUGCUAACAACUUCAUGCCAUUGGCCCACGAAUGUGUCACCUUAGGACUUAAACUGAUGACUGAUGUUGAUGACCCGGACCUUCGCAGAUGUGUGUAUGGUCUGAUGGCAGCGAUCUCAACCCUGCUGAAGGCCGACAUGGCCCAGUACUUGCCAACGAUCGUCGAGGCGAUGAUUACGUCGAUCAGAUCGACCGAAGGGGUCAAGCUGCAUAUUGGUGCUGAGGAGGAGGCGUUCAAGUUAUUCGAUGAGGAAGAUAUCACGCAGGAAAACGGGGAGGAGGAGGAAAAGGAAGUCGACGACGUGCAGGGAUUCAGUGUCGAGAACUCAUAUCUGGAUGAAAAAGAGGAUGCGUGUUGCUCACUGGGGGAGAUCGCCAUGAGUGUCGGCCUCGUGUUCAUGCCACACAUGGAGCUUUGCUUCAAGGAGGUGGUCCCACUGCUGGAGCACCCUGGUACAGAUGUACGUAAAGGUGCUGUGACGGCCCUCGGCCAUUUCUGCUGUUGUCUCGGUGCGGCGGCACUCGAAGGAAACCAAGAGGUGCUUCAAGGUCUCUUGAUGAUGUUAUCGACUGUGAUUCCCAAGUUUAUCGAGCUGGUCAGGAAAGACUCCGACCGUCAUGUCUCCAUGACCGUCCUUGAAGAGUUGAAGGAUAUGUUGGAGAAGGUCAAAGGUCCCGUCCUCCAAGGAGAAAAUCACCUCCAGAUGGUAGCAGCAUGCCUGAAGGAUGUGUUGCUCCAGAAGACUGCUUGCCAAGACGAUGAUGAGGACAUAGAACUUGGUCAAGAUCAGGCUGAAUAUGACAUGAUGUUGAUACAGUAUGCUGGAGAUGUCAUCCCUGCCCUUGGGUCAGUUAUUGGAGGGAAGGACUUCGCGCCUUACUUCACGGAAUAUCUGCCUGAAAUCUUGAAGAGACUCAAAAAGGAUUCAAGCAUCCCCGAGCGGUCUUUUGCCAUCGGGACAAUCGCCGAGGCCAUCGAAUCGUUGGGGCCAGCAUCUGAGGCGUUUGCGCCGAAACUCUACCCGAUUAUUAUCGCAGCGAUGAAAGACGAAGAUGAGGAGGUGAGAAGCAACGCCAUCUUUGCAUGUGGAGUUCUCGCAGCGAAUGGUGGGCAAGUAAUGUUGCCACAUUAUGAAGAGAUUUUGAAGCACUUGUUCCACGUACUUCAACGUGAACACAAUCCGCGUGUCCUGGACAAUAUCUGCGCUGCCGUCUGCCGGAUGAUCAUGGCAAACAUGCAAGUCGUACCCAUCGAUCAGGUGUUCCCAACUGUACUGCAGUGCUUGCCCCUGAAGGAGGAUGAUGAGGAGAAUGUGACCGUGUUCAGGUGCAUCGGACAGUUAUAUGAGGCCAACCAUGACCAGGUUGUGAAGAACCUUCCACAGCUGUUGAAAAUCAUUUCGUCAAUUCUCGGAACGGAGCUAGUCAGUAGCGAGGCGCAGACCUUAAUAAUACAUCUCGUUCAUACUGUCCACCAGAGGUCACCCGAAGUGUUGGAAUCCGUCUUAGCAAGUUUGCCAGAGGAUCAGGCUCAUAAAUUACGGACCUGCCUCUCGUGUAGCACACUGUAAUGGACUACGAUACUAGAUUUAUCAGUUUUAUCCUUUUGGAGUAUCAUGCAUGCCACUGCUUGCUGUGUUAAGCAUCUUUCGAAUGCAGUGUUCGUUUGAGCCAUUUUCAAUUCUAUACAUGUAGGAAUUGAAAUGAAAUUUGUUCUUAUAAAGCGCUUAAUACUGUACGACUGGACGGCCACAAAGUGCUUUGACAUCAAUUCCUCUGCCAAACAAGAAACCAGCAUUUAGACUUGAUGCCUGCGUCACUGCCAAUGGUGAUUGAGUAACCGGGCCUUAGUCUUUCGGCUACAGGGUAUUCUCUCCGGCUUUCCUGCUUGUAAUUGGCAAAAUAAGUAAAAGGAAUCAUAGCCAUCUACGAGGACUGAUGCAGGAUUUUGCAGAAGACAAAAACAAAUUCGACUGUUAAAAGUUUUACCUGUUUCUUUUGUUGAUGAUAUGUCUUCCAGUAGUGACGUUGUUGAACAAUAAAUGCUUGAAAGAUA